GUGUGUUCGUUGAUGGUGCAACAUUUACAAGCAGUCAUGUAGGAAGAGAGGUGUUCUGAAAUACAAAAGACAAGGAAGUAUUGCGAAGCGGAGGAAAUCCGACGCAGUCGAGAGAGAGGAGGCGAGGUCACGCAGUUGACCGUGACGGGAGAAGAAGGAGAAGAUGAGAGAAAAACGUGGCGGUUACGGUCAACACACGUGGAGAGAGAGGAGUGGCGGAGACCGGUCAAUGGCGUUGCAGCGAUGGGGAGGAGCAUUCAUUCAAAUGAUUUGCCGGGGACCGUAUGCGGGAUGUACCGCGUACGAUGGCAGACGGCAGAUGAGGGGAGGCGAGGGGAGUGGAGUCCAGUCGACGACGGACGGUCGCUCGGUGGCAGACCCCGACACGGAGACAGAGACAGACCAGACCAAAGGUCCCGACCAGAGGGCCUUGCGCUGCAGGGCGCGUCUUCUGGUGGGUCGAAGUGGAGGGCGAGGGAGGGGUUUUGGUCGUCCGGUUUCUCGAGCGUUCGAAGGGUUGAAUUGGACAAAACAACGAAACAAUCGUUGUUUUGCGGAAGAGCAAAACCCACACUCCCAUGGCCGAAACGAACGAACGAACGAACAAACGUCCAAGCGGUGGGAUGGGGUGGCAACUAUCUUGGCUUUCGGUUCUUGCGCGCUGGGGGGCAGGCAGGCAGGCUGGCUCGCUCGCUCGCUGCCCACCUCGUCGCUACAGCUGGAGCCUUGAUCAUUCUUUGAACUGCUCGAGAGCAGUUCUGUUCUGUUCUGUUCAGCGUAACUUGUCAUCGACAGCAGUGCCUUUCUACGCGCUUCCAUCCGCUCCAUUUACUAGAAUUCUGUUCUGCAGCGAACAGAUUUUGAUUUCUUCUAUCCUUCCCUCUCCUUUCCCCCUUACUUAAGACCUCUUGCACCGUCUGCGGAGUGCAGCACCUCCUUUCCUCUCUUCUCCUCUCGUCUCUUCUGCUCUCGAUUUCCUCAAUUCGAGGCGAGACGCGAUCGAUCAAGCGUCGAACGACAUUGGCCUUGCUUCGUCUUCCUUCUCCUCUUCCGAAUCAUCUCCUCUGAGCUUUCUGCCUUCCCCAAAGAUAUUUUGAUCUCCUUUCCGCGACCGAUCGCGUCUCGCGAAUUUCUCUUGCUGAGGUGAAAGUGAAAAGGGUCGCACACGAUCCUGUCGAGACAACAAAUCAAAUCCUCUCCUUCUUCCUCCACGAUUUUCUCGACGGGCUCGCCAGCCAUCCUCGGCCUGCGAAGACACCUCUUCCCGUCGAUAAUCUUCUUCUGAGAUGUCGUAAAGACUUCACUACGUUCCGCGUCUUGCAUGGAGACAUAACUCCUUUCUUGUACAUUCAAAUACCCUCCUCCCCUUCAGCUGUAUAGCUGGCCGAUUAUUUAUUCUUUGUCUUGCACGAUUUGAAGUCGACGCGACGAGAAUUAGUUUUCUCGGCCGCAUGAAUCUGAGACUGUGAAGAAGGUACAUACAACAAGUGUAUAGAUAUAUUUGUGAUUGAGGACCGCAGCAAGCGAUCUUUGAAUCCAGAAGGAGCGAGGGAGGAGACAUUGGAGCCGAUCGCAAGCAGUCACCAUCCUCCGACACCCGAAGAAGGACGAGCUUGAAGGCACGAUCGAGUGCUGAGCCAAGAAAGGACGCAAGGGGCAAAGAAUGUCCAUCGCGGGCGCGGCAUUGGCAUGUUGUGUGAUAUGGGGCGCCAUGAUCAUCCCGGCGACCGAGGGGAGAUUGUUCCGCGGGCCGCCGCUGAUCCUCAACUAUCACAACGGGCCGCUGCUGUCGGGCGAGGAGCCGAUCAAAGUGUACCUGACGUUCUACGGGCAGUUCUCGCGCUAUGAGAAGGCCACCAUCCGCGCGUUUCUCGCCUCGAUGGCGCCGGCGGCCGCGCCGGGGCCGCGGAAGGCCGGGCGGGAGAAGAAGGGCGCGGAGGCGCCCGUGCCGACCGUGGCGCGGUGGUGGGCGCUGACGCGCGGGUACACGGACAUGUUCGGCGCAGCGGUGGCGCAGAAGCUCGAGCUGGCGAAGGAGCGCAGCGACGAGGCCUGCGCCAAGGGCAAGAGCCUGACGAAGGCCGACAUCUACGACCUGGUGGUGGAGGGCGUGCGCGACGGCGCGUUCCCCACCGACCCGCGGGCCAUCUACCUGGUGCUCACGGCGGCCGACGUGACGGUGGAGGGCUUCUGCUCGGAGCGCUGCGGGCAGCACAGCUUCACAUUCCCGACGCCGGCCACGGGCGACCACAUGCUGCCGUUCGCGUGGGUGGGCAACGCGGCGUCACAGUGCCCGGGCUUCUGCGCCUGGCCCUUCGCGCAGUCGGCCAUGCUGGGCAAGACGCCGGGCCCGGUGCUGAAAGCGCCCAACGGCGUGGGCGUGGACGGCAUGGUCAUCACGCUGGCCAAGCUGCUGGCGGGCGCGGCCACCAACCCGUUCGGCAGCGGGUACUACCAGGGCGACCAGUCCGUGGCGCUGGAGGCCGCGGGCGCCUGCACGGGGGCCUUCGGCGCGGGCGCGUACGCGGGCAACCCCGGCCGCGUGCUGGUCGACGCCAUGACGGGCGCCAGCUACAACGUGAAAGGGUUUAAGCGGUGGAAGUUUCUCGUCCCGUACAUGUGGAAUCCGGCGACUCUUGCUUGCGAGGGCAAAAGCUGAUCCGAUCCCUCGUGCCCAUGCGCACGUAAUCCCCAUGUCACCCGGUGGCCCUCGGGCUCGCAGACAUGAAUCGCGACUGUGGUCCAGGCGCAUGCAGAGACUGGUGCCUAGAUGUAGAUCCUCUUUUCUCUUUUGUAGCGCAGGAGUAGGAUUAGGAUUGUAGCAUGCAGUUUCAGAUAGAACCCCUAGGACCGAACGACAGAACGAAAGAUGGCUUUCUGCCCUGCUCUGUACACUUUUCUAGAUGUAGCCGGGCUUCGCGUCUCUCUCUCUCUCUCUCUCUCUCUCUCUAGUCUCUCUCUCGGCUGAAGGCAUUAUUCAGUCGAUGGAUCAUCGUCAGUAGCCCAGUUUUGAGGUCCUCUCAUGCUCUGCACGGCUAUGUACGUACGCCAUAGCCUAGCCCUUCUACCUUGAGUGUGGUGGUGUCAACUACCACUAAUAAAAGCCGCUUGGGACUGUUGCUGGAUUAUAUUCCGUCGAUGCAUUCACGUGGAACAUCAGAAAUGCUUUUAGGCCUCUCCGGCACAAAACUUAUGACCUGCCUCGAAACCCUCGAGCACACGCACACACAUUAAUGUUUGGCUGCUACCAAUGAUUGUUCCGAGCCUCUGAGUGGGUUUGUACACGUCACUUGACUCACUUGACUCACUUGAUCCACAGGCGAAAUUCACAGGGAUUCAUCUUCGACCUGGGUCCAUCUACGUGUGUCUCCUGGAGUGAUGGUUCCGAUAUUUGGGCACAUGUACAAGGCACACCUGCCCUUCAUCCGAUCCAAAUGGACAUUUUGCGUUGAGACCUGUAUGUGCAUGAGCUCUUGUCUGCUGCGUUAUUGUCCUGAAAAGUGUGCACAUUCACACCCCACCCC